UUACGGCGACGGCGGCUGAGUGUGAGCCUUGGCGGCGGUGGAGGCAGCCGCGGCGGUGCGGGAGGCGGCGGCGGCCGAGGAGGAAGAGGAGUGGUGGCAGUGGCGGCGGGGACCUGUGCGGGGAUGGCGGAGGUACCGCCUGGGCCUAGCAGCCUCCUCCCACCACCAGCACCUCCGGCCUCGGCGGCGGCCGAGCCCCGCUGUCCCUUCCCGGCGGGGGCCGCUCUCGCCUGCUGCAGCGAGGACGAGGAGGACGACGAGGAACACGAAGCCGGCGGCGGCGGCGGCGGGAGCCCGGCGGGCGGCGAGGCAACGGCUGCGGCCAAGGGGCAUCCGUGCCUCCGCUGCCCCCAGCCGCCGCAGGAGCAGCUGCAGCUCAACGGAUUGAUCAACCCCGAACUGCGGCACCUCCGGACGGCCGCCUCUCUCAAGAGCAAGGUUUUGAGCGCGGCCGAGGCGGCCACGGUCACGGCCACCCCCACCCCCGCCGGGGGCCCCAGAGCGACUGCAACAAAAGGAGCCGGGGUACACUUGGGCGAGAGCCCCCCUCCCUGCCUCCCCAAUAAUGCAAGAACUGCGCUCCGCAGCCCCGCAGAGGCAGCGGCGGCAAGCGAUCCCGCGGCGGCCCGCAAUGGACUGGCGGAGGGCACGGAGCAGGAGGAGGAGGAAGACGAGCAGGUGCGGCUGCUAUCUUCAUCCCUGACCGUCGGCUGCAGUUUGAGAAGCCCUUCAGGCCGGGAGGUUGAGCCUGGGGAGGAUCGGACUAUACGUUAUGUCCGAUAUGAAUCCGAGCUGCAAAUGCCCGAUAUCAUGAGACUGAUCACCAAAGAUCUGUCUGAACCCUACUCCAUUUAUACCUAUAGAUAUUUUAUCCACAACUGGCCACAGCUGUGCUUCUUGGCCAUGGUAGGGGAGGAGUGUGUAGGUGCCAUCGUUUGCAAGUUGGAUAUGCACAAAAAGAUGUUCCGCAGAGGUUAUAUAGCCAUGUUAGCCGUGGAUUCCAAAUACAGGAGAAAUGGCAUUGGUACUAACUUGGUUAAGAAAGCUAUAUAUGCUAUGGUUGAAGGAGACUGUGAUGAGGUUGUUUUGGAAACAGAAAUAACGAAUAAGUCUGCUUUGAAACUUUAUGAAAAUCUUGGUUUUGUUCGAGAUAAGAGGCUGUUCAGAUACUAUUUAAAUGGAGUUGAUGCACUGCGACUUAAAUUGUGGCUGCGUUGAGAAACUGACAUCAAGGAACAACUUUCCAACGAUGCAGAAUCGACCUUUGCAUGCAAUGCAAUUUGUACAGAAUUGCUUUGCAGGUGGAUUUAGUGAUUUCCAUGCAGCUCUUAUCUGUCAGUGUCUCAUUUGAGUGUCGCACAAUAUUUGUUGCACUUUGGCAUGGCGCAUUUGUUCUGAAUUAAAAGAGAUUGUUUUAAACUUAAAGAGUUCUUUUGGUACCAACAAGAUGUGCCAGUUGAUAGCCAAGAUUUGUUUGUUCAUUUGCAAAGUCUGCUGACAUUGUUAUUUACACAGUGAUAAUUUUAUCACAGAACCAGGAAGUGGAACAUGAUUUUUGUUCCUUAAAAAAGCCAAUGUAGAUUGUAAAAAUCUCUGAGUAUACUAACAUUUCACACGAAACCUGCCAUAGUUUUCUGAGGGGGUGGGGGAAAAGCUUCAAUUUUAGGUUUUAUUUUUUCAAUAUUAAAUUUCCAUUCUUGAAUAUUGGUACCUCAGUGAUUAGUGAAUGAAAAAAAAUGUUAUGUAGGGUUGGGUGUGUCUUAACAAUGAGUAAAGAAAACAAUUAAAUUGCGUCUGCCAGUGCCUGUGUAGAUAAGUAUAUUUGUCUUCAUCUCUCUAGUUUUUGAAUGCAUGCUACCUUUUCCUUUUCUUUAAGGCCUUUGCAAGCAAACUUUUGUUUUUAUUUAAAUUCUUAAUUUGGUAAUAAAUUAUUUCAGAUUUUUAUAAUUUGGAUACUUUUUCCAGGUGAGUGACAGAGUGGUUUACUGUAGAAGUCCCUUCUUUUCUUACACUAAGAAGUUGAAUCUACUUGGAAAAUCUUUGAGAAAUGACUCAAAAGGGAUAAGAAAAGUUGAUGAAGCCGGGAAUUGCUGGGUUUUAGAUGCACUUUUUUUUGAGAGUGAGGGAAUUUUUGGAAAAGAAUAGAAAAAUUAAUGUAAAUUGGUAUGAUUUUAUUUAAUCAAAAUUAUUGCUAAGCUGUGAGGAACAGCUUUUACGAAGUAGUUGGAACUUUUUUCCCACUUGGUUUGGAUUCACAUUGCUUCCGUUUCUUAAAAUGCUUCGCUUUUGGUUCUUGGUCUUGAAAUAAAUUCUAAGGUGCACUGUAUCUGUUUUAAACUGAUUUUAUUUUCUUUUCACUUACUUGUGCAAAUUCUUGGGGGAGCUUUGCUUAUUAGUUCCCAGUAAAACAAAAGGGAGAAAUGGAAAAUUCUUCUUGGAAUGAGUUCUAUAGGUUUUCUUAAUAGCCAUCACCAUGUUCAUUAGUUACAUUGUGUUUUGGCCAAUCUGUGCAAUGUAAUUAAUUUUAAAGUUGAUUGCUUUCAAUUGAGUCAAGAAACCUGUGAUGGAUAAUUUAUUUGACUGGAAAACCUAGGUACCCAUUAGAGAAAAGAUUCAUUCUCUGUGAAAAAUGUUUUGUAGGAAUGUAUUGUUUUUCCAUUAAUUUGGAUAUGCUUUACUUCUGCUCUAGGAUUUGGUUUGAAUUUUAUUUUAUGGCUAUAAUUACUGUAUUUUAAAAAACCCUACCUCCAUUAACAGUUGGUAAAAGCCCCCUUUCAGGAAAGUUUGUUGCCUUUUUGUUAUUUUUUUUUGUUUUUUUUGUUUUUUUUUAAGGGAAAGCUGCUCCUUGCUCAGUGUAGUGUCUUGAAAGUGAACAUGGUGACAAGUAUUUUUAAAAUAAAGAUACAUAAAUUUGG